AUGUCUGAAGAGAUUUUAAUUUGCAAGAGAUGUCAAAAGAAUAUUGACUCUGGUGAGAGUAUUCAUGCUAUGGAUGCAGAUUGGCAUUCCGAUUGUUGGGGUUGUGCAGAGUGUCAUACUGCAUUUGAAACUCAAUCUUUCUACAAGGUACAAGGAUUACCAAUUUGUAAAAAUUGUUAUCUAAAGAAACAAAGCAAGUGUAAAAAGUGUUCACAACCAAUUGCUGGACAAAAAUUGACAGACAACAUUGGACAAGAAUAUCAUCCAGAAUGCUUUACAUGCUCCAAUUGUAACAAAAACAUUGAUGCAAAUUUCUUUAUCAAAGACACAAAUAUUCUAUGUCCUCAAUGUAAUGAUCAACUAAAAGAACAAACUAAAAAACAAAUUGGAAAGGAAUUGGGUAAUUGUUAUGUGUGUAAGAAACCAUGCAACACUAGUGAUGGAACUGUAAUUGUUGUUGGUCCAGAAGAAAGAUAUCAUAGACCUUGUUUUAAAUGUGUUAAAUGCCACAAUGAAAUUAAAGGUGAAUUUUACACUCUAAGUGAUGUCAAAUCAAAGAAUUACGUUUGCAUGGCUUGUAACUCUAUCUAA